AUGACGCUAAAGGAAAUCGUCGGAAGAAGUAAGUCUAAUUACUAAUUCAAUUACUUUUAAUUAUCAAAUUUCCGUGAAAUUUGGCGUAGCAGUGAGUUUUAAACGUGGUUCGAUGGGAAGGAACGUGGUUUAAAGAGAAUAGAGAAAGUUGGUAUGGAAAAGGGUUAAACAAUUCAUUUUCUUAAUGGAUUUUCUUUGAAAUUCUAAUAUUUUUGGUCCAAGUUCGGGUGAACUAAACAAAAAGCGGUAUUAUUUUAAAUGAAAACUAAUCACUUUUCUUUUCAGAACUUCUGGACGAUGUGAUAAAACCGCUACACAAGCCCGGAGGGGGCGCUUGGAAUGUGCUGAUCGUCGAUAAGCUGGGAAUGAGAAUGCUGAGUGCUUGUUGUAAGAUGCAUGAUGUCAUGGCAGAAGGCAUCACUAUCGUGGAAGAUCUGAACAAACGCCGGGAGCCUUUACCGGCCUUGGAUGCCAUAUAUCUGAUAUCCCCUACCAAGGAUUCUAUCGAGAAGUUCCUUCAGGAUUUUAGUGGCCGAGUCCAAUACAAACGGGCUCAUCUCUUCUUGACCGAAAGUUGUCCCGACAAUUUAUUUACCAUGGUGUCCAGAAGUCAAGCAGCAAAAUAUUUGCAGAACUUUAAGGAAAUUAAUGUCGCUUUCACUCCAUAUGAAAGCCAGGUCUUUGUUUUGGACUCUCCAGAUACAUUCCCAUUGUAUUAUAAUCCAGUUCGACAGCCAAAUGCAUUAACUCCGCAUUUGGAGAGGAUCGCCGCACAAAUUGCAACAGUAUGUGCGACUUUGGGAGAAUAUCCAGCGAUCAGGUAAUUGCUUUUAUAUCAUUUUUGGGUUUUUAGGUACCUAAAAGUAUUGUAAAUUCCGAAUUCAUUCAUAUCCAUUAUGAGUUUGAUGGAUAAGCUUCCAUUCUUACAGAUAUCGGUCCGACUUUGAACGAAAUGUGGAGCUGGGCCAUCUGGUCGAACAAAAACUGGCCGCUUAUAAAGCCGAAGAUCUGAGCAUGGGAGACGGCGCUGAUAAAGCCCGUUCUCAGUUGAUUAUCAUCGACAGAGGCUUCGACGGGAUCACUCCCGUCCUCCAUGAACUCACCCUCCAAGCGAUGUGUCACGAUCUUCUGGGAAUCGAAAACGACGUCUACAGGUAUGAAACUGGAGGUGGAGAAAGUGUAGAAAAGGAGGUCCUUCUCGAUGAAAAUGAUGAUUUGUGGGUGGAGAAUCGACACAAACAUAUUGCUGAUGUUUCCAAGGAUGUAAGUUACGGUGUUAAGCAUUCGUUUUCCGGAAUUUUUAAGUUUGUAUUAAGUUGUGGUGAUUGUUGUUUUAGGUGACAACGGGACUCAAAAAGUUCAGUGAGCACAAGAAGAUGCCUUCGGAUGCAAAGUCCUUGAAAGAUUUGUCUAUGAUGAUUAAGAAAAUGCCUCAAUAUCAGAAGGAACUCAACAAAUUCAGCACUCAUUUCCAUCUAGCUGAAGAAUGUAUGAAACGCUACAGUAAUGGAGUCGACAAAUUAUGCAAAGUAGAGCAAGAUCUGGCCAUGGGAAUGGAUGCAGAAGGAGAGAGAAUAAAAGAUCCCACCAAGAUCAUGGUCCCCUUGUUGAUUGAUCCAGCUGUCAAAGAGGAAGAUCGAAUUCGGUUGAUCUUGUUGUAUAUCAUCUCCAAGAACGGUGUAACCGACGAGAAUCUGAACAAACUUCUUCAACAUGCCAAUAUCCCUAUGAGUGAGAAGGAAACGAUCACCAAUGCGUCACUUUUGGGACUCAAUAUUACAAUUGAUGUAAGUAUAAUACAGAUUAGUGGAUAUUGUGAUUUUUAGCAAGGAAAACGUCGCGUAUGGACACCCACCAGACGAGAAAGGAUCAAUGAGAGGAUUUAUCAGUCAUCUAGAUGGGUUCCCAUCAUCAAAGACAUUAUGGAAGACGCAAUUGAUGAGAAGUUGGACACAAAACACUUCCCUUAUCUGGCUGGAAGACAAGUUCAGUCGUCUUACAGGUCAAAGUAAGGAUCAUAAGGCUGUUAGAAAUUGAUCUUUAUUAACUGUCGUACUGUAUACUUGCGUUUAGAGCCCCAACCUCGGCCCGUUAUGGUCAAUGGCACAAGGAUCAGAGGAAUUCGCAGAUGCGUUCAGGCCCCCGAUUGAUAAUUUAUAUCGUGGGUGGGCUCACGUACUCCGAGAUGAGAGCAGCAUACGAAGUAACUCGAGCCCAGAAGGCGUGGGAAGUUAUCAUUGGCUCCGAUCAGAUCGUUACCCCCACCAAAUUCCUGGCCAAUCUCCGUGAUCUCAGCAAACCCCAUGAGUAA